AUGCUCGCUAAAAAACUCCCACCCAACCUCUCCACAGUCGACCAGAACGACCUCCAAGGGCUUGAAGAACGUCUACUCGACCUCGACCGCAAGAUUCUCAAGUACCACGACCGCCUCCUCGAGAAGAGCGACUACCUGGUCACAGCCACAAAUCAUAUUCGCGACGAACUACAGAUCCUGACUCGGCACCUGAACAACCAAACCUCCGUAAUCAAUAGCACCCGCCACAUCAUUUCUGCCCAAGCGCGCACCAUAAGCGCCCAGGCACGUAAGAUAAGAUCCCAGCAGGAGAUGAUCGACGUUAUGCAGCGGGACAUCUUUCGACUCGGGACGUGGUAUUCCGAGUUCUCAGGGAGAAUGAAUUCGCAUGACGAGAUCCUAUCGAACAGAGCAGGUGAGGUUCGCGAGCUGUGGGAGUCGUUGGAACGUCACACGCGAUUUACGGAGCAGAUUGCCAAAGAGACGUAUUGGAUGCAUGUUUAUACGAAGCAGGUUAUGCUCAUAAGGGCGUCGGAGAUGGCGUUGAUUGGCGCUUCUGCAGGUUGUGCAGAUGAUGGAGACGAUGAUGGAGACGAUGAUGACGACGAAAGGAGUGAUUCUGAUACUGCUGCGAGUGUUUGCACGGAGUCGACGCUUAUCACGCCACAGCAGCACAUUAUGCUUGAUACUAUUGUUGUUCGUAUGAUCGAGGAUGCGAUGCCGGAUCGACUGAAGGAUGUCUGUGACGGAUUCGAGGUUGUACAUGGAUGCUCUGCAUUUAUACAAGGCAGGGAAGCUGCGCAGCCGCCGGAAAGUGAAUUUGAUGUAGAUGCAGAGAUGCUCCGCGAGGAUUCAGACCAUGGUUCAAUGUUAGUUUGA